CACACCGGCAGGACUUUGGAUUUCUGGCAGUUUUCUUUCCCUUUUUUUUUUUUUUUUUUCUCUUUUAUUUUUCUCUCUAGUUCCUGGCCUGCUGCCAGUGCUUCUCACGGCCAAAGUUUUAUCUACAGGGAUAUAUAUAUAUAUAUAUAUAUAUAUAUUUUUUUUUUUUUUUCCCCAAGCCAAGCCCAGCUGCACUCGGACCAAACCCCGCUCCUGGGGCGAGCUUAACUCAGCAUAAGAGGAGGAGGAGGAGGACGAGCAGCAGGAGCUGCCUGUGCUCCAGCUCUCGCUGUCGGGAUGGAUUUAUGGCUUUAAAAGGAGUGGGGGGGAGGAAGGAAAGAAAAUUCCCUGCCGGAGCCGGAGCUCGCAGCGCAGCCAAGCCCCAGCCGGAGCUGCAGGAUGGCUCUGGGGGCUGCAGGACGCGGACCAUGACCGAGCUCGGGCUCUGCUGGGCCCCGUCGGGGGGAUUCAAGGCGCUUUGGGCAGCACCAGGCUCGGCUAUGUUGGCCAAGGUGGCGUUUUCACUUCUGCUGUGGCUGUGUUUUGCUGCGGGACAGGACGCACCUGAGCCAGCUCCCCAGCCCUCCGCCUCCAACACCGAGGGCGACCUCCUGCUCCUGCUGGACAGCUCUGCCAGCGUCUCCCGCCAUGAGUUCUCCAAGGUCAAGGAGUUCAUGUGGGACCUCCUGCAGCCCUUCGCCUUCGGGCCCAGGGACGUGCAGGCCAGCCUCAUCCACAUCAGCACCACGCCCAGCAUGGAGUUCCCCUUUGACCAGCACCUGAGCGGGGCCAGCCUGCGCAGCGCCAUCGCGGGCACGCGGCAGCGCAUGGGCGACACCAACACGGGCAAGGCGCUGGCCCUGGCCAGGGAGAAGCUCUUCAGCAGCCAGGCCGGGGCCAGGCCCGACGUGCCCAAGGUGCUGGUGUGGGUGACGGACGGCUUCUCCACGGACGACAUCUCGGAGCCCAUGCAGCUGCUGAAGGACAUGGGGGUCACCGUGUUCAUCGUCAGCACCGGCCGCGGGAACUUCCUGCAGCUGUCGGCGGCCGCCAGCACGCCCUCGGACGCGCACCUGCACUUUGUGGACGUGGACGACCUGCCCAUCAUCACCCCGGAGCUCAGGGACGCCAUCCGAGAUGCCAUCCGUGCCAACCGCCUGCACGCCACCGACGUCACCUCCAGCAGCUUCCGCCUGGUGUGGCCGCAGCUGCUGUCCCCGGACAGCGGCUUCUACAGCCUGGAGUACGGCCCGGGGGGCGACCCCGCUGCCAGGAGGGCCCUGCAGGUGCCCGGGGCACAGAGCAGCCUCGUGCUCACCCAGCUGGCACCGGCGACCACCUACGAGGUGGCGCUGACCCCCGAGUCCAACGUGCGCUACGUCCCUCCCCAGAGAACCAGGGUCACCACCCUGCCAGAGGAAAUCAGCCCAGUUGAGGUUCUCAUCUCGGACUGUGGGCCCCGCAGCCUGCAGGUGAGCUGGGCUCCUCUUCUGGACACCGUGGCCUCCUACCAGGUGCUCUACGGGCCCCUGCCGGGGGGCUCAGCCAGGCUGCUGCAGGUGGACGGCGGCCACAACAGCACCAGGCUGGAGCACCUGGCGCCCAACACCACCUACCUGGUGACAGUGACGGCCAUCUACAGGUCUGGCACGGAGAAAUCCCUGUCAGCCAAGGCCUGCACCCUGCAAGCCACAGAGGCCCAAGGAUCCAGGCCCAGAGAGCAGCACAGCCUGCAGUGAGCUCCUGCCCAGCACAGCAAAGGUCUGGAAAGGACAAAGAUUUGGACAAAAAAAGGAGGAGCCAGGGAGGAAGCAGCUCCUGCCCCAGGCCGUGCUGUCCCUGCAGGUGUCCAGCCCAAACCUGGCCCCAGCCAAGCUCUGCCAGGUCUAAAGGCUUGCCUGGGUGCAUGGAACAGCCAGUGCGACUAAAAAUGUGACUAAAAGAUGCCAAAUGUGUCCCCAUUUCACAGAAACACCAGUAACAAACAGGAGGCAGAGUGGUGGAUCCUCACUGCUGCUUGCUCCUGCUCUCUAUUUAUUCAAGGUUGAUGCAGGUUUCUUUUUGCAUGAACUCAUUCAGGAUUUGGCUGUUCCAAUUCCAUCCUGGCCAAAUCCAGUCCUGAAUCCAACCUAUCCCCUGGAGGGAAUGAGAGAGCAGAAAACCCAAAAUCCUGGGAAUGUGCUUCCCUCCAGAGCCCAGAAAAGCCAGACAAAACCAUCUAAAACAUUUAUUUUUGUUUCUGUGCUCCUGCCUGGAUCAUUGCUCUGGCAUACCUGCAAACCCCCUUCACCAAAUGGGAGUGCUGCUGCCCUCGUGGAGAUUAAUUAGCCUGUUCUGUGAUUAGUUACAGGCAAUAAUUCUCCAGCACUAUCAUUCCUCUGCACUCUGAACACACAGAGCACAUCUCUGGUGUCUUGUCUUGGGCUUUCACCCAGUGCUAAGCUUGAGCUACACUUAAAAAUCAAUGUUUUUAAGGGAAAAAAAAAUAUAAAUCUGAUUAUUUCCCUAAGUUUGAACUCGCUGUCUCUAAGCCACGCUGGAAGGGGGAGCCGGGGGAAAAAAAGAAAGAAAGAUAAAUUAAUUAUAAAUACCUAGUGACCAAGAAAAUGGUUUCAAAGUUCAGGGCUUAGGGCUGUAAAGAAAUGUAGAUAUUUCUCUGCUAACCCCCAGCAUCAGUGGGAACACCCUCCCUCAGUAACUCUUGUUCUAUUUUAAAUUUAUUGCUUAUUUUCCCUCCAUGUGGAGCUUGGUUUUGAAGCAGUGCUGUUUGUGGAGAGCCCCAUUCAGCCUCAAAAACCCUUCUUAAAUCAGCUUAAAUCAGCUCCUUUUGGAGCUGAGAGGAAUUUUACCCCUGACUUUGUCUCCUGAGAGCUGAAUUUUUCAUUUCCACCUUUCUGGAGCAUUUUUCCUUGGGCUGCCUUGUUCAGGAGAGAAGGGAGGUGAGUCAUUCAUUAACUCUAUAAAGAGAUUUUCAUGUGGUUUCUGUCCUCCUCUGGAAUGUGCAUUUGUGACUGAUUAAUCUCAGCGUUGAAAGGAUCACAAAGCCCCUGGAACUGCUCAUGCAAUAAAAUGAUUUUGUUUCUUCUCGCUGUAGGACAGAAAAUAAGUUUGCACAACUUCCUGCAUAGUUUAUUAAUGCAUUAAUUUUCAUCCCCCCUCAGUUGUAACACAGCCUUUUGAAGACAAAUAAAUAUAAAUAUGAGAGCUA